ACUGAUGAUAUACCAUAAAACUCAGCACCCUCCUCACAGAAACACAUUCAAAAGAAAAAGUAAAACCUCCCAAUCCGUAAUUAAGUUUAAAAUUUUCAGAAAAAUGGCGUCCAAAGUGGAGGGAAUAGCAGAGGAGGAGGAAGAGAUCGCGAGACUGGAGUCAGGUGUUGCUGCCUGCAAUGCCACCUCCCAAUCCAGGCACAUCAAGGGCUUCUGUGCCUCAUCUGCAGUUGUCACCACUGCACAAAGGGUGGCGGCGGAGUUGAUCGGGACGUACUUUGUGAUUUUUGCAGGGUGUGGCUCAGUUGCAGUGAACAAGUUGUAUGGCGGGACUGUCACGUUCCCCGGAAUCUGCGUGACUUGGGGGUUGAUUGUGAUGGUGAUGGUCUACACCGUCGGCCAUGUCUCGGGGGCUCAUUUCAAUCCGGCUGUCACUCUCGCCUUUGCCAUUUUCCGCCGCUUUUCCUGGAAAGAGGUUCCAUUGUACAUAAUAGCUCAAUUGAUGGGAUCAAUUCUUGCGAGUUGCACUCUAGCUUCGAUGUUGGAUGUCACCAAAGAAGCUUACUUUGGCACACUUCCAGUCGGAUCAAACGGCCAAUCUUUGGCUAUGGAGAUCGUCAUCUCCUUCCUCCUCAUGUUUGUCAUUUCCGGAUCCUCUACCGACAAUCGAGCGGUCGGAGAGCUGGGGGGACUUGCAGUUGGUAUGACAAUAAUGUUAAAUGUUUUUGUCGCGGGGCCCGUAUCCGGAGCAUCGGUGAACCCGGCAAGGAGCAUAGGACCAGCCAUAGUGAAACACGAGUACAGAGGACUAUGGGUAUACAUAGUUGGUCCGAUUGUAGGAAUCGUUGCCGGUGGAUUUGUAUAUAACCUAAUUAGGUUCACGAACAAGCCCAUUAGUGAGUUGGCGAGACGCGGGUCGUUCCUUAGAACCAAAUCCAAGGAUGGUUCUACUUAGAUUUGUCUAUUAAUUAUGACUAUAUAUAUGUACAUUGGUGAUUUGGAAA